GACGCUGAUAUUUAAACUUAAUUUUCCGCGAAUUCACAUUCUCAUUGUCAAAUGAUUCUUUUAUUGUCGGUACUUCGAACCUUCGUAGUCACACGACCAAAAGUCAACUCGCCAUAUCUUUGAUCAUUUAAGGUGUUAUGAAGAUUAAUACGGCCUUGUCCAAACGAAACCCAAUCGCAAUGGCGAAAAUUUCGUUGACUCUUAACUUUGUAUAGCCGGAUAAACUCUUGAAUAUUCCCCGCAUUUCAAGAUUGAUUUUCUUCCCCUGCUUAUAUUUAACUUGUUCGCACAAAUGCCAGAGUGAGGGACAGUAUUGUAGAAGGAGAGGCUGCGUAGGUUAUUCUGGGUUUUCGGUGCGUAGGAUAACGAAAUGGCUGCGCCAGGAAGAAGAUUUUCUGGUUUUUCUGUAUUGGGUAUUGUGGGUUUUGUUUUGAAUGCAGCAAUUCUAUGCAAUGGUGGAAUCACAAGUAGUUUUGUUAGAAAAGUUGAGAAAACUGAGGAUAUGCCUCUUGAAAGUGAUGUCUUCCGUGUGCCGCCUGGCUAUAAUGCGCCUCAGCAGGUACAUAUAACACAAGGAGAUCAUUUGGGAAAGGCAGUGAUUGUAUCAUGGGUUACCGUGGAUGAACAGGGCUCAAAUGCAGUCCUUUAUUGGAGCGAGAAUAGCAAGGACAAGAAAGAGGCAAGAGGAAAGCUUACCAAGUAUAAAUUUUACAAUUAUACCUCUGGUUACAUUCACCAUUGCACCAUUAAAAAGUUAGAGUACAACACUAAAUACUAUUACGAGGUUGGAAUUGGUCACACGACACGAACAUUCUGGUUCAUGACGCCUCCUGAAGUUGGCCGUGAUGUUCCUUAUACUUUUGGUCUUAUAGGGGAUCUUGGUCAGAGUUUUGACUCUAAUAGGACGCUUACACAUUACGAACAAAAUCCCACCAAGGGACAAACGGUGUUGUUUGUUGGAGACCUUUCCUAUGCUGACCAGUAUCCUAACAAUGACAAUGUGAGAUGGGAUACAUGGGGAAGGUUCGUCGAAAGAAGUGUUGCUUACCAACCUUGGAUUUGGACUGCAGGGAAUCACGAAAUUGAUUUUGCUCCAAAAAUUGGUGAAACAAAACCCUUUAAGCCAUAUAGUCACCGUUAUCACACCCCUUACAAAGUAUCAAAUAGCACCUCUCCUUUAUGGUACUCAAUCAAGAGAGCUUCAGCGUACAUCAUUGUUUUAUCAUCGUAUUCAGCAUAUGGAAAAUAUACUCCUCAGUAUAAAUGGCUUGAAGAGGAGCUAACAAAAGUCAACCGGAGUGAGACGCCGUGGCUGAUUGUUCUGAUGCAUUCCCCAUGGUACAACAGCUACAACUAUCACUUUUUAGAAGGGGAAACCAUGAGAGUCAUGUACGAGCCAUGGUUCGUCAAGUACAAAGUUGAUGUUGUGUUUGCUGGUCAUGUUCAUGCAUACGAGCGAUCGGAACGUGUAUCAAACAUUGCAUACAAUGUUGUGAACGGAUUGUGCACUCCGGUACCUGACCAGUCGGCCCCUGUUUACAUAACUAUUGGAGAUGGGGGGAAUCUUGAAGGCUUGGCCACCAAUAUGACAGAACCACAGCCUAAAUACUCAGCUUAUCGCGAGGCCAGCUUUGGUCAUGCCACUUUCGAUAUCAAGAAUCGAACCCAUGCUUACUAUAGUUGGCAUCGUAAUCAGGAUGGAUAUGCUGUGGAGGCUGAUACUAUGUGGUUCUUCAACAGAGUCUGGCAUCCGUUAGAUGAUUCUACAACUGAUGAAUCAUGAUGAAUCGUUAAAUUUUAUACUUUUCUUUUCCACUUGUUUGUAACAAAAUUUCUGAUUUGAAGAGAAUAAAAAUUUGAAGCAUAUUUUCGACUGGA